UCCAGAAUCCCUAAAAGGUACAGACUACCGUAGUUCGUGUCAAUUCGAUACGUUCUUUCCUUCGCGCCGUUUAUUUCUAUUGUUUAUAUCAGCUGCAUUCAUUUUCUGGUGAGGUCCUCGAAUUUGAAGAAUCUCCUAAUUCCUUCGUCUUGUAUUAUCGACUUCCACGUUGAGUUUCAUUUUCGGCGUGUCCAUUUACAGUAAAUCAGAGUAACUUCUAAGUCAAGUGAAAAACAUUAUUAAACCAUUGUGGUCUUGAAAUUGGACCAAGGACCAUUGGACUCCAUCUUCGAUGCGUUCACAUUUCGCGUUUGGAUAUAUAAAAAAAUCAUUGUAAAAUCGUAAUGACUUUGACAUUAGGUGUGAUUUCGUACGGCUCUAUGUUUUAAAUCUUCUUUAAUUGUUAAACAUUUAUUGUAACUAUUCUGGUGACGGGGUGGAGAGGAAAUCUUGGAUACACAGUGGAUGCUGCCGGAUGCCUAUAUCAGAAUGGCGUCUUCUAUAGUUUAGCCCAGUCGUCAAGAAACCCUGAGAGGUACAGACUGCCGCAGUUCGUCGCGCUACCUUGGGUUGACUGGUUUCUGACUUCCGUUGUCCGCUUCCAAAUAUUCAUAUCGAUUUUGUAAUAAUCCUAUCGAGAUCCCCGAUAUUCAAGUAUCUCCCAGGAAACUCGCAACCCUUGCAUUACCGGCUUUUAGGAUGGUGAAUCUGAGGACGGCGCUGGGAGCGCACGAGCUCACCGAUAAAAAGUCCGGCCUGUACAGAGCGUUGGUGGCGGAAUUCCUGGGCACGUUGCUGCUCAACUUCUUCGGAUGUGGAUCCGUGAUCACAGGAAAUGUCGUUGCCAUUGCUUUGGCUUUCGGCCUGGCCGUGGCAGGGGCCGUGCAAGGAAUCGGCCACGUGUCCGGCGGACAUAUCAAUCCAGCUGUGACAUUUGGCUUGGCAGUGAUCGGCAAGGUGCCGAUCGUUAGGGCGCUCCUCUACGUAUUGGCCCAAUGCGUGGGAGCGAUAGCCGGAUCAGCUGUUCUUCGAGCACUCUCCGCGGAGAGUUCCGAAGGUGCCUUAGGCGUGGUAUCGCUCGCCGAAGGUAUCACACCUGUUAAGGGGCUCGGUGUGGAAUUCUUCCUUGCUCUGAUCCUUGUCCUCGUGGUCUGUGGAGCCUGCGAUGCCGGGAAGCCAGACAGCAAGGGGAUCGCACCGCUAAUCAUCGGACUUGCCGUCACAGUCGGACAUAUUGUCGGGGUACCAAGGACCGGCGCCGGGAUGAAUCCUGCUCGGUCUUUGGGCAGUGCCGUGGUCAUGGGGAUCUUCGAUGACCAUUGGUUGUACUGGGUGGGCCCCAUUCUCGGCGGAAUCGCAGGUGGACUGAUCUACCUUCACGCCCUGGGACCUGCCAAGGAGCCGGAAAUGCCGAAGAGUUACUCCACGGUCGCUACGGAAGAAAAAGAGCUCCAGCGGCUUACCAGCAGGAAGGGCAACCAGCCCGCUUGACGCUGACGCUUUAAUAUCCGGUUAACCGACCCGAGCGCUCACGGGAAAUAACCAGCAUGGCGCCUAGCGCAAAACCCCGCGGCUGCGUCUACUUGCAUCGCCCUCCACUGUGCUUUUUGACUGCCAGUUUGCCGUCGCUUUGGCAACCUCAUCCUCGAUCGACUCGCCGAAAUCCCCGGGCUACGUCGCAGGCGACCCAUCGAAUGCGAGAUUUCGACUGGUUCGCGUUAACACAUUUGCGAUCGCUGACGUGAAUUCACGUCUUUCCAAGUUCUAUUCCUGGUUGCCGCUCACGUGAAUCACGUCCAUAACGUUACACGAUACAAGUUUGCGGCAACCAGAAUUUCAUUAUUUUCCCCGGUAAUCAGUAUUUGAAGCGGAAAAAAUUUUCCGCUCGCGAAUAGAUGAAAAACGUAACGCUACACGCGGGUGUCUAAACCAGGUUUAAGCGUGUCGAAUAUUUAUCUCGUAUUCCGGAGAGAAUAGAUCGCCCAGCAUUCUGUACCCUACAUCCGAGAACACUCCUUCACCCUGGGGUCAUACGCGCGUUUUGUUGACCUCCAUAUUACGAUUAUUUUCUCAUUUCUCAGCCGAAAAGGGUAGCACAUCACUUUGUACUUUUUGUCGAUCAUUUUUUCAAGUUAUCUUAUGGCAGUUUUCUGUGAUACACGUGCAAACUUCAAUUCAUGCUGAGUUUAUCUUUUUCUUUUUUUUUUUCAUUGGUUUUAUCUGUAUAAUCUGUAAGGCAUCUUAUACAUAGUAUGAGACAAUGUGGUGUUAAACAUCGCGUUUCAAAUCUGCGCGCGUUGCCGCACAAUAGGUCGUAAUGUAUUUUUACAAUGAACAUUACGUCAUUUUUUAUGCUCGCGUGGCCCCAGCCUUAAUCCGCUAGUCGAUUCGGUAAUCGAUGGGGCAGAAAUUGUGCAUUUUGGUAAUUAUCGGAUGGCUUGGAGCGUAGAAAGGGUCGAAUGCUUCGCGGUUCGGCGAAGGGUAUUCUUCGGGCGCCAUCUUGCAAUUCUGAGAAACUAGAGAAAUAAAAAUGAAGAGCCGCUUUACGCGAUGAAAGGAACAUUUUUCUGGCGAUACUAAGAGCAAACGAGUUUUAGUAUUUCUACGAAAUUAUCAAGCGAGCCUUGAUUUUUUCGGUUUUAAGGUUGAUUAAAGAAUCUUUUAUUUAUGAAAUCGUUGAUUCAGGACGCUUCUCGUUGGAGUCCGUUGUAUGUAGUAUCUUAUCUCGAGGAUACUUUUUGUAGUAUACAUGUCCACUUCAUGCACGGAAUAUUAUGAAGUAUUCAAAAGCUCAAUUUAUAGCCGACUUAAAAGUGUCGCUAUUUAAUUGGAAUACGAACGAUUAAUGGCGCAACACCUUUGAUUUGGAAAGUUUAUCCAAGGAAUGUCGACAGGUUUCUCAAUGAUCGAAUUGACGAAAAUAUGCGAGAUUCAAGGAUAGUUUUCUUCCUUAACAAUGGAAGGCUCAAAAAAUCGAUCUUUUGAAUACAUGCAUACGUAACAUCACUACUAGUUACUCCAUUUCUAUCAACUAAUCUAAUUAAUCUUUUAUAAGCAACGAUUUCAUGACGAUCAUGUACAUUAUUAUACAUACAUAUAUGCAAUAUUUUAAUAAGUUAUAAUGGAAUUGUAUUCUGAAUAAGUAUAAUAAACGAUACGGAAUAACGUAUCUUACAUUUUUCAAA